CUAUCACCAAAACUCAACAUGAAUCCACCGCUGCCGCCAAAUUCGUUGGGCCGCGGAGGGUAUCCACCGUACCCGAAACAGCCACCGCUGCCACAUGAAGAUCACUCGUCGGCAACGCAAUACCCUCCUCAUGCCCAGCAGCAGCAGCAGCAUCAACGCCACCACCAACAGCACAACCAGCACCACCCAUCCAACCACCAUCAUGCGCCAUAUUACCCACCUCCUCCACACCACCACAAUCACCAUCAACCCCCUCCCUACCAGCAACAUCGCAACCCGUAUCCAAACCAGCAUCAGCAGCAUAACCACUAUCCCCAACACCACCGUCAACCACACCACGAUCCACACGUGCACCCGCCGCUUCCAGGCUAUCACGAUGCCGCGCCUCGACAUCAAGGACCUCCUCCUCCAGGGUAUCACCCUCCUCAGCCACGCAUGGCCUCUGGUCGACCCGCGCCGCCACCUCCAUCGUAUCCCAUGGACCGACCUCAAUCAUCGUAUAAUGCGCCGCCGCCUCCGCCGUACCAUUAUCCUCCACCGACCAACCCUGGCGGCAUGUACCAGCCGCCGAUGCCGUCGAUUCCGCCCAUGUCGUACGUGUGUCGAAAGUGCAAUCUCGGUGGCCACUGGAUCCACGACUGCAUGAAGAAACCCAAUCAGCAGCUCAAGCAACCGCCGACCAAAUCGCAGCAAUCUCACGGGGACUGGCACUGCGAGCCCUGCGAAAAGCACUUUGCCAUGAAAUCUCAAUUUGACGCCCACGUGUUGACCCACGAGGCGUGCUGGGCCCCUGGGUGUGACUUUUCCGCGUCCAAGCGCGUCGUGACGAGCCACCAUCAGACCGCGCACGGCCAAUACGCUGGCUCAGGCCUCAAAGAGAUUGAAGUCGAAGGCCAGAAGUUCCACGUGUUGGUGGGCAAUUCCCCAGAAGACAUUACGAAAUGGCGAGAAGAGCGACGCAAAAAGUGGCCUUCGGAUGCUAACGUCAAGCGCAAAAACGAUCAACACCAGGACCGUGUCCAAGCUGGAGAUGUUACCACUGCAUCUCCAUCAUCGAAACGACAGAAAAAGACACCCACGGACAACUCCAUUCCCAUCAAAGUCGAUAUUACCCAUAAGCCACCCCACGAACCCACAGAUGCGUGGUCCGGUAUAGACUCUAUCGUAGACAACCCAACGACAGCCACCAGUCCCGCCAAGACGCCAGCAGUCAAGAAGAAAAGCUCCAAAUUUUGCGUCAAAUUCAUUCGAAAUGCGUGCGAGGACGGGGCCAACUGUUUGUUUAACCAUGACAUUGAGUCGAUUCCGUGCAAACAAUUCGUGGCCAAAGGGACUUGUAAGCGUGGAGAUGAGUGCAACUUUGCCCACACUGGGGCGCUGUCGACAGCUCAAGACAAAGCCAAGCAGCAGUACCUAAAACUGCAAGCCACCCAAGUGAAAGAGCACAAGAGCUCGCUCCUCCGCAAACUCCUGGCCAAGGACAUCGACAAGGAGCACCGACACAUUUUGCAGGCGUUUCGGUACCUCGUGGAACAUCAGUUUUUUCAACCCACGCCAGACGACGACGUUGAAGUAUUAGAAUAGCCUUGUCGUGAAUACAAUUAAUAGUACAAUAUGUACGGAAUCACUAGA